AUGGGUUCAAAUGCAGGAGAAGAAUCUACCGUGAUCGCCAUUGAUAGCGACCGGAACAGCCCACACGCCGUCAAGUGGGCUGUGGAACAUCUUUUGAAGAAGAACGCUUCUUGCACCCUCAUUCACGUUAGAACCAAGACCUUGUAUUCACAUGAUUUUGAGGUUAUCCCUAAACAAGGUCGUCCGCCGACAGAAGAAGAAUUGCACCAUUUUUUUCUUCCCUUUCGAGGAUUUUGUGCACGAAAAGGGAUCGUAGCUAAGGAGUUAGUCCUGCAUGGCAUUGACGUUUCAAAUGCGCUAACUGAUUACAUCAUUGACAACUCUAUCAACAAUAUCGUUGUUGGCGCUUCCCGCUGGAAUGCUUUUAUAAGGAAAUUUAAAGACGUAGAUGUGCCAACAAGCUUAGUCAGGUCUGUGCCAGAGUCUUGCACAGUGCAUGUUAUAUCAAAAGGAAAAGUUCAGAAUAUUCGACGUGCAGAUCAUUCUCAAAAUAUUAGUAACGCACUAUCAAAAUCUUUGAAAGGUAUCAGGGGAAGUUUUCGGUCUGAUGAAGAUUUAAACAGAAAAUCGGUCAAGUAUGGACAUAGGCAAGGCUCAAACAAUGAUGGGGCAAUGAAGCAUGAAAAGUUUACGCAAGAAGAUGUAGUUAAAGCUUGGCUUGCUGAAGAGGCUACAUUGAGUUUGGCAGAGGUAAAAAGGAAGAAAACCAAGGCAGCAAUGGAGUCAGCUGAAAUGUCAAAAUGCCUAGCAGAAAUGAAGAGCCAUAAAGGAAAACAAACUGAAAUAAGAGCCAUGCAUGAGGAAGAAGACAGAAAUAAAGCAUUAAAUGCAAGUGCACAUAACAAAAUUUUAUUUAAAAGAUACAACAUUAAAGAAAUUGAAGUUGCAACUAAUUACUUUGACAAUGCCCUCAAAAUCGGUGAAGGUGGUUAUGGGCCUGUUUUUAAAGGAGUGCUUGAUCACACUGAUGUUGCAAUCAAGGCCCUCAAACCAGACAUAUCCCAAGGGGAAAGGCAGUUUCAACAAGAGGUUAAUGUUUUGAGCACUAUAAAGCAUCCAAACAUGGUUCAACUUCUAGGUGCCUGUCCAGAGUACGGAUGCCUUGUAUAUGAGUACAUUGAAAAUGGUAGCUUAGAAGAUCGCCUCUUCCAAAAAGAUAACACUCCAACAAUUCCAUGGAAAGUUCGAUUCAAAAUAGCAUCAGAAAUUGCCACUGGCCUUCUUUUCCUUCACCAGACAAAGCCUGAGCCGGUUGUGCAUCGUGAUCUCAAGCCAGCAAACAUUUUGUUGGACCGCAACUAUGUGAGCAAGAUCACUGAUGUGGGUUUGGCAAGGCUAGUUCCCCCUAGUGUAGCCAACAAAACCACUCAAUACCACAAGACAACUGCAGCUGGUACAUUUUGCUACAUUGACCCAGAAUAUCAACAAACAGGACUAUUGGGUGUAAAAUCAGACAUAUAUUCAUUAGGUGUAAUGCUGCUACAAAUUAUCACCGGAAAACCUCCCAUGGGUGUCGCACACCUUGUUGAGGAGGCUAUAGACAAGGGUAAACUCCUAGAGGUGCUUGAUCCAAAUGUCAAAGAUUGGCCACUUGAAGAGACUUUAUCAUAUGCUAGGUUGGCUUUAAAGUGUUGUGAGAUGAGAAAACGGGAUAGACCAGACCUUAGUUCUGUCAUUUUGCCAGAGCUGAAUCGACUCCGAAAUCUCGGAGAAGUAGCCAUUUACACUGAUAUUGUACCCGCCAAACAGGUUAGUGACUAA